GGGGUUUAAAAACCAAUGAUUAUUUGUGUUUAGGGUGUUUAAACCCAAUGGUUAAUAAGUCAGUCUGUGUGUGUAUGUGUUAAAAGAAGAGUCUUUUAAGAAAGAGAGGAGAUUCAAGAUUGUGUUGUAGAGAUCAUCAGAUUCUUUUUAUUGGGUUUUGGAUUCUUCUCGGGUAAAUCAAUAAAUUUAAUUCAUUUAAUUAAUUAAUAAAAAGAAAAUAAUAGGAAAAACACAGCUAGCUCACUUUCUGCAUUUUGGCAUUUUAUUCUUUGUUUGUUUUCGGAAUGGUGGUGGGGUUUAAGUACACAGUAGUACACUAUCUCCCCUUUGCAAACUUUUUUCCUUACAUGAAAAAAACUUUAUUCCUUAUGGUAAAAAAAAGGUUAUAAGAAGAAUACAUAUUAUUAUUAUUAAUAAUUAUUACAAGACUUAUAUAUUUUUAUAUAUAUUACAACAACAACAGUCUUUUGGCUGUUUGAUUUUUGUACACUGUUUGUUUAGCAAGAAAGGGUAACCAAUGAUUUCCUACAUAUAGUUCUGAUCACCAUAGCAUCAAAUCUCUCUCUCUCUUUCUCUCUCUCUCUCCUUUUCUCUUUUUAUUUUAUGGGUUGUUUUUUGAGGGGCUAGCAGCAAUCAUCAUUUCUUCCCAGAAGUAAUUUGAUUUAUUUUAAUUUAGAGAUAGCUGCAAAUUAUUUGGGCUUGAAAAUGGCUUGAAGGGGAAACUGAAUAUUCUACGGAGGUUAUUUAUUUAUCAUCUGUGUUCAUUGCAAUUUAAUAUUCCAAUUCAAGGUCUAUUUUUCUGAUAUUCUUUGGUGGAAAUCCAACCUGCCAAGAAAAUGCAACGAAACUUAGUCGAAUCGCACUCCUUUGUUACGGAUCGAAACUCCGAUCCAAUUGAUCGGCAAACUCGAAACCACGAUCCCAUGUCUGGAUUUUCUUUGCCGUUGACCCUCGGAGAAUCUCAUAUGACCACCUUCACCAAUUGUAACCAAAUCCCAACUUCCAUUCCCUUACCCAAUUCCCAUGAACUUUGGCUCAACACACAACCCCAAAUUCCGAAUAUACCCUUCGACAACCAAGAUAAGCUAGUCCCCUUUCAAAACAACUACCCCUAUGAGAGCAUGAACUACGCAAAUUACGAAGGCGUACCCUUUGAUGCGAGCAUCGAUAGAUUCACAGCUCCUCACCAACUCGGGAACUCCGUUCUUAAUGAAUGGAUACCGAUGGAUCAACGUUCCUUAAACCCGUUUAGCAACGAGCUGUCGUUGAGCCUAGAACCUUCUAGAACUUCCCCUUCGAUCCACGACCAAUGCUCCUCAAGUUUAACUAGCUUUUCGUUGCAAAAGAGGCCUUCCCAUCACACUUCCAGCAGCACCAAUAAUAAUAAUAACAACCUGUCGCUGAGCUGUAAUUCGUCUUCUUACAAGCCGGGGUCGAAAUUUUUCCACGCCAUGCAAGAAAUACUCGCCGAAAUUGCUUCGUAUGCGCUCGAAAGCUUCGACCAAAUGAGCUUCUCUAAACACUGUUUUCGUUCCACCUCACAUAACGGGCUCGAUAACAAUAACGGUGGCCCUGUUUUUCGAGACAAACACUCGCAAGAAAGGGAUGAUGUUGAAGCCAAGAUGAAACAUCUGAUAUCUCUAUUGCAACUGGUUGAUGAGCAGUACAACCAAUGCCUAGACGAGAUCCACACGGUGAUUUCCGCGUUUCACGCGGUGACGGAAUUGGAUCCGAAUCUACACGCUCGAUUUGCACUCCCCACAAUUUCUCUCAUGUACAAGAAUCUGAGGGAGAGAAUUAGCAGCUGCAUUAUUGAAAUGGGAGCACGCGUUAAUACUACUAAUAAUAAUAACAAUAAUAAAGGAGGAGGAGACGAGAGUUCGUCGUCGUUCGACAUGUCUUAUAUUCAGAAGCAGUGGGACCUACAGCAGCUAAGAAAGAGAGAUCACCAGCUUUGGAGGCCGCAGAGAGGCCUUCCGGAAAGAUCCGUAUCCGUUUUGAGGGCAUGGAUGUUUCAGAAUUUCCUUCACCCGUAUCCAAAAGACGCAGAGAAGCAUUUGCUAGCGAUGAAAAGUGGUUUGACAAGGAGCCAGGUGUCGAAUUGGUUUAUAAAUGCGCGCGUACGUCUAUGGAAACCGAUGAUAGAGGAAAUGUGUGCGGAGAUGAACAGAAGAAAAAAUCGCAGGCACGACGAAGAAAUAACUGAUGGAGCACAGAGAAAUUAUAUGCGGUUUGAGAAUAGAAGAUAGUCUCUGUUUUAAAUCCAAGUAUAUAUUUUGGCUCAACUGUAUUUAGUUUAUGAUCUUUUUGAAUAUGUGCUUCCCUCUGAGAAUUGCAUAUAUUUGCAUCUUCUUUAAGGGAGUGUUUGGGUAUUAAAUUAAACACUUUAAUAUUUUGAAAUAUUAUUAUAUUGGAUAUUUUAUUAGCA